AUGGAUACACCCGUCCUCAUCAUCGGCGCUGGCCCUUCUGGGGCCACGCUUGCCCUACUGCUUGGUCGACUGGGUGUUCGGUCUGUAGUGAUCUCGCGCCACAGAGCCACGGCCAACACACCUCGCGCGCAUAUCUUCAACCAGCGGGCAAUGGAGGUGCUGCGAGACGCCGGCAUUGAAGCAAAAUGCAGGGCGGUUGCCAGUUCUGUACAGCACAUGGAACAUUCCUCCUUCCUGGACCAGCUCGCCGGCCAGGAAUACGGGCGUCUCUGGGCAUGGGGAAACAAGCCCGCGCAAAAGGGAGACUACGAGAUGGCCAGCCCAUGCCACAUGAGCGAUCUGCCCCAGAGCCUGCUAGAGCCCAUUCUCGUGCAGGAGGCCCAGAAAGCAGGCGCCGAGUUCCGCUUCUACACCGAGUUCGUGUCGCUCGAGCAGCAGCUCGCGAGCAAUGACAAUGACAAUGACAGUGGCAGUGGCCGCGUGCGGACCGUCAUCCGCGAUCGCACCACAGGCCAGGAAACAACCCUCACCUCUGCAUAUGUGGUAGGCUGCGAUGGCGCACGCAGCCCCGUCCUCAACGCCCUGGGGGUCCCCAUCACAGGCCGCCAGCUCAACACCGCGUUCAACGUGCACAUCCGCGCCGAUCUGGGCCGGUACAUCGCGCACCGCCCAGGGAGCCUAAACUGGGUUCUCAACCCGUCGGCCCCCGACUGGUCGGCCGUGGGGAACUUCCGCAUGGUGCGUCCCUGGACAGAGUGGGUGGUGUCGAUGCAUCCGGCGCGCAGGGACGGGGCGACGACAUCUGCCGCCCCCACCGAGGCGGAUAUCGUCCGGCGUCUGCACCAGAUGAUCGGGGACGAGACGGUCCCUAUUCAGAUCCUGUCGGCGUUCCAAUGGACAAUCAACGACCAGGUUGCGAGUACGUGGCAGAGCGGCCGGGUGCUUUGUAUCGGCGACGCAGCGCACCGCCACCCGCCCAUUAACGGCUUGGGCAGCAAUACGUGUAUAUCGGAUGCAUUUAACCUGGCCUGGAAGCUGGCAUAUGUGGUCCGGGGCGUUGCGCACGCUAGAUUACUGGAGACACUGACGCCAGAGCGCAAGCCGGUGGGCGAUGGCAUCGUGCGACGUGCAAACGACGGCAUGGAGGCGCAUCGGCGCAUGUGGAGCGUUAUUGGACUGGACCAGGAAUCCCGCCAAAAGGCACUCGUGCGCUUGACAGAAGAUAGUCCUGCCGGACGUGCAAUGCGGGAGGAGUGGUCCGCGGCCAUGGAUGCGCUGGACGCAGAGGUGCAGGCGCUGGGCAUCCAGAUGAACCAGGUCUACACCGGCUCACCGGCAGUCCUGGCAGAGCCAGGGGAUGAAGCACCGGAUUUCAGCGCCCUGGACCCGCUGCGGCAGGUCAUGGUUUCUACAUUCCCUGGCUACCAUCUCCCCCAUGUCUGGCUGGCUCGGGACGCGCACAGUCCUCGCGUCUCGACGCUUGACUUGGCCGGGCAGGGCCGGUUUACGCUCUUUACGGGAAUUGGCGGUGGGUGCUGGCUCACGGCUGCGCGCAAGGUGUCUCAGAUGGGACUCGAUAUUGCUCGGUACACGGUUGGCUUUGGGUGCGAGUAUCUGGACUGCUACCGUGAGUGGGAGAGGGUGCGUGGGGUGCAAGAAGAUGGCGUCGUGUUGGUUCGACCUGACCAUUUUGUCGGCUGGCGUUGUAAUGCAAGAAAGGACCCGGACAAGGCGUACAAGACACUAGAGAGGGUGAUCAGGGCUAUCCUGAUGUGUAUUCCAGAUGGCAGUUAG